AUGGCGACCCAAAUUCCUGUUGACCCUACCCUUACCUCGGCCAACACUCUCAAGCUUGAAAAUACGCACAAUCGAGACGUCCUGAUUGCGAUCGAAAAAAAGUACCAAAAGCAAUGGCAGGAGAGCAAGAUUUUCGAGUCGGAUGCGCCCACAACCACCGAAAUCCCCUUCGACUCGGUCCCCGCCGCAGAGAUUCGAGAAAAAUACCCAAAGUACUUUGGCACCUUCGCCUACCCGUACAUGAACGGCUCUUUACAUGCCGGGCACAGCUUUACGGUCAGCAAGGUCGAGUUCACCGCAGGGUUUAACCGCUUGACCGGAAAGCGCGUGCUGUUUCCCUUGGGAUUUCAUUGCACAGGCAUGCCGAUCAAAGCAUGUGCGGACAAACUCGUUGAAGAUGUCAAAAAGUUUGGACAAAAUUUCGAAAACUACCAUGAAGAUGAGGAUGAACCUGCGCCAGACACCAAUGGAGCACCCGUCGCACCUACACAAGGGGUCAAUGUGAAGGACGACCUGACAAAGUUCAAGAGCAAGAAGGGCAAGCAGGCCGCGAAGACGGUCAAGGCCAACUACCAAUUCCAAACAAUGCUGGCUAUGGGGAUACCAAAGGAGGAGAUCCACAAGUUCGCAGACGCCAAUUACUGGCUCGAAUACUUUCCGCCAAUAUGUCAACAAGAUCUGAUCGAUUUCGGAGCAAGGAUAGAUUGGAGGAGGAAGUUUGUCACCACCGACGCAAAUCCCUAUUACGACGCCUUUGUCAGAUGGCAGAUGAAUCGCUUGCACGAGCUCAACAAGAUUCUGUACGGCAAGAGAUACACGAUCUACAGUCCCAAAGAUGGCCAACCCUGUAUGGACCACGACCGGACCAAGGGUGAAGGUGUAGGUCCAACAGAGUACACAGCCCUAAAGCUGCGGGUCAAGGAGUGGUCGCCUGAUGCGGCAGAGGCGGUGGCAUCCAAGAUUCCUCGGGACGCCAGUGUCUAUUUUGUACCCGCAACGCUGAGACCGGAGACGAUGUACGGCCAAGUAUGCUGUUUCGUUGGCCCAAAGAUCAAGUAUGGCAUUUUCAAGGUAUCGGAAAAAGAGUAUUACGUGGUCACCAAAAGAGCAGCUUGGAACAUGGCCUUUCAGGGAACUUUCUUUGACCAGGAGCACUUCCCCCGUAACCAAGACGAGUUGCAGCCUGUUGUGGAAUUGCCCGGGUCUGCCUUUGUGGGCACUCUAGUCAAUGCGCCCCUGUCGGUGCACAAAGAAGGUGUUCGGAUAUUACCUAUGGAAACAGUAUCUGCAACGAAGGGCACAGGCGUUGUCACAUCAGUUCCGUCAGACAGUCCGGACGACUUUGCCACGGUCAAGGAAUUGGCGAAGAAAGCAGAUUUCUAUGGCAUCCAAAAGGAAUGGGCCGAACUGGAGAUCAUUCCUAUUAUUGAUACUCCAGCUUACGGUAACCUUGCGGCGAAGUUCUUGGUCGAGACCAAGAAGAUCCAAUCACCGAAAGACACCACUCUGUUGGCUGAAGCAAAGGACCUGGCAUACAAAGAAGGCUUCUACAACGGGACGAUGUUGGUCGGGGAAUUCAAGGGCCAGAAGGUCUCUGAUGCCAAAGACAAAGUUCGAAGUUCCUUGAUUGCAUCUGGCGAAGCAUUCCCUUUUGCCGACCCUUCAGCUGAAGUCAUCAGUCGCAGUGGAGAUGAGUGUGUGGUCGCCUACGUACCACAGUGGUUCCUGAACUAUGGCGAGAACGACAAAGAGUGGCAACAAACGGUUUUGGACUACGUAAAGGACAAGAACGGCCUUGAAACGUAUGCUCAGGAGACCGAGAACCAGUUCGUCGCAAAUCUCGAGUGGUUGAACCAAUGGGCAUGCGCCAGGACGUAUGGACUGGGCUCUAAACUUCCCUGGGAUCCCUCCUUCUUGGUGGAAAGUCUGAGUGACAGCACCAUUUACAUGUCAUACUACACGGUCGCCCAUUUCUUACACGGAGAUAAAUUCGGCAAGGAGCCUGGGUUGUUGGACAUCAAGGCAGAGCAAAUGACGGAUGAUGUGUGGGAUUACAUCUUCACGCGGACAAACGAUGUCAAGAAGGUCUCAGAUUCGACAAGGAUAUCGGUUGCAGACCUACAAACGAUGCGACGAUCCUUUGAAUACUGGUAUCCCCUCGACUUGAGAUCAUCUGGAAAGGACCUGAUUCCCAACCAUCUCACAUUCUUCCUCUACAUACAUCUCGCUCUUUUCCCUCGCGAAUAUUGGCCGAAAUCCGUCCGCUCAAAUGGCCACCUCUUGCUCAACGGGGAGAAAAUGAGCAAAUCUACUGGAAACUUUUUGACCCUGAGCCAAGCGGUGAAGAAGUUCGGUGCUGACGCCACGCGGAUAGCACUUGCUGACGCAGGAGAUGGCAUGGAAGACGCGAAUUUCGAAGAAAAGAGCGCCAACGCAGCCAUCAUGCGGAUGUACAUUCUCAAGGAUUGGAUUGAGGAUACGCUGAAGGAUGAAGGACUCCGCAAGACACAGGGAGAGGUGAUAUGGGACAAACUUUUUGAGGACGAGAUGAACCUGUUGGUGCAUGAAGCAUACAAGCACUACUCCGAGACAAACUACAAACUGGCCCUCAAAUCAGCGCUCUACGACUUCCAAUCCGCCCGUGACUUCUACCGCGAUGCCUGCGUCUCCGGCGGCAUACCUCUGUCGAGGCCCCUCGUCGUCCGCUUUGCCGAAUUGCAAUGCCUCUUGAUCUCUACCAUUGCCCCUCACUGGGCUGAGUACAUUUGGCUUGAAGUCUUGCACAAAGAUCAAUCCAUCCAGCUUGCCAGCUGGCCGACAGAUGUCCCUGAAGCAGACCCAUCAUUAACCGCCACAAGAGACUACGUGAAGUCGACGUCUAGCAACAUCACGAGUGCAGAAGCGCAGGCGGCCAAAAAGAUGGCAAAGGGCAAGGCUGUGGCAUUUGACCCGCGCAAACCGAAGCAAAUCACCAUCUUCGUGGCAUCGCGAUUCCCCGCGUGGCAGGACAAAUACGUCGACCUGGUCCGAUCCCUGCUGGAGAAAGCAUCCCUGGACGACGACAAGGCACUGAAUGCGUCGGUCGCGAAGAUGGGCAAGGGCCCGGAGAUGAAGAAAGCGAUGCCCUUUGUACAAGGGCUCAAGAGGAGACUCGUGGUGAACAAGGAGAGCCCCGAGGCCGUGUUUGAGCGGAAAUUGCCCUUCGACGAGGUCCACAUCCUCACCGAGAUGAAGAAGGGCCUGAUGAAGAAUACGGGCUGUAAGGACGUCAAGGUCGUCAAUGUCACUGACGAGAACAGGCAGAGCCUCCCCUCGAUGGCCGAGCUCGCUGUUCCAGGCCAGCCCAGCUUCCUGUUCGAGAACGUCGACGCAUGA